ACGCACGGCACGCUAAUCCUGCGUUGCUGACGUGUACGUAGGGAAGUGGCUAUCGGCAGUUUUUAGCUGUUAGCUUUUAGCUUGCCUUCUUCAUGGUGAGUGAUUGUCUUUGACAGGGGGUUGUGGAAUUAUCUGAGCCCGAAUUAACUUGCCUCGUCCCAUUGCGGAGCAUUAUUGACCGGAAUCAAUUCUGCCGGUGCGAUUAGAUGCAGUAGCUUUAUGACGAACUGCUAGUGCUGGACACUUAGACAAUGGGGAAAAAGAGAGUUCCAGAUUUGUAUAGGGCUCCUUUUCCCUUAUACUCCAUUAAAGUAGACCCCAACACAGGGCUGGUGAUUACAGCAGGAGGAGGUGGGGCAUCCAAGACUGGCAUAAAGAAUGCAGUGCAAUUCCUGGAUCUACAGCUGGUUGGAGAACACCAGUACAGUGCUAGCCUCCUUCACUCUCAUGACACCGACACAUUUGCCACAAUGAACAUUGCUGUAGGCGAUGGUGUCAUUGCAGCAGGACAAGACGGGAACUGCUGCCUGAUGAGUUUCAAACACAUCGCACAGAAAGAAAGAAAAGCUUCUUCUGCUAAAGAUGGGAACAGCGAGCAGCCCAGUAGUGCCAGGCGACGAGCUGUUAAAGGAGAGAAAGGUGAACAGGAUGGAGCGGCAGCCUCUGAGGGCAUGUCAAAUAUGAAGGACGAGACUGUUCACAUCUCUGUCAAGGCUGUGGGUCAGGUUCAGUCAGACGCCAAUCCCCAGGACCCACUCCAGAAGGUGGUCCGCUUCAGUCCUGACCUAAGCCUCCUCCUGACAGGAGGAACAGAUGGACACAUCCGAGUCUGGGAGUUUCCAUCACUAAAGAAGAAGUUUGAUUUUAAAGCACAUGAAGGAGAAAUGGAAGACUUGGACAUGAGUCCUGGAAAUAAGCACCUGGUUACAGUCGGCCGGGACUUUGCCUGUAGUGUAUGGAGUGGAAACCAGUUAGCCAUGGGCCUGAAAUGGCAUGAGACGCUGCCUCAGAUGUCUGAGAAGACUUACCGAUACAUGGCUUGCAGGUUUGGUAGAGUAGAGGACCAGAAGGAUGCUCUGAGGCUUUACACUGUGCAGAUUCCUCACAAAAGAGACAGAAAACCUCCUCCGUGCUACCUUACUAAGUGGGAAGGCAAGAGCUUCCUGCCCAUGCUGACGGCGCCCUGUGGAAAUGAGGUCAUCUCCAGUCUGGCUGUCAGUGACUCAGGAACAUUUCUUGGACUUGGAACUAUAACAGGAUCAGUUGCCAUCUACAUUGCAUUCUCCCUUCAAAAGCUGUAUUACAUCAAAGAGUCUCAUGGCAUUGUUGUCACUGACCUGGCCUUCCUGCCUGACACACUGAAAGGAAAAUCCAUCAAAGGAAACAACGAAACGGCCAUGUUGAGUGUGGCAGUGGACAGUCGUUGUCAAGUCCAUACUGUUUCCAACAGAAGAUCUUUUCCUGUUUGGUUUGUGCUGUUUUGCUGUGGCCUUAUGGUGGUGGCUGUCAUCCUGCUCCUUCAGUACGUCUUUCCUGGAUUUAUAUGAACUACAAAAAGCCUGAUUGAGCACAGAUAAAUCCUCACAUGGAUGACUUCACCAAUGUGGACUUCAGCACAACUCAGCGCAGCACCACUACUCCCAGCUGAGUGCUGACUGUGAACAGUUUUUUCGGUGCCCUCAGGUCUAACUCCAGGUUGUUCCUGUCAGAUUGGUGAACCCAGUGAAAUCACGGCUGGACAGACUGUGGCAUUUUAUCAUUGUUUUCAAACAGUUAAGUCUUAAUCUUGUUUGGAUUUCUCAUUGGAUAUUUGAAGGACUCGGGUUCAUGAUUGUUGGAAGCGUGAAAUCUUUUUAAUUAUGUAUUUAAGAAAUGAUGGAAAACUAUAUUAUUAAUUGGCACACUGUGCCUGAGUGACCCUGCAAUGCUCGUUAUUUUCUUGUAUAAAAAAACAUGCAACACCCUGAAUUUAAAAAUCAUGUAAAGGUAAAAACAAACAUGUAAAAGAGGAAACAGUGUUUAAGUGGAUGAAAAAAAAACAUAUUUUUACCAGAAAAAAGUUGAGUAUUCUCUUCUUUUAAUAAUCAAUCAUCAUGUCUUAUAUAAAUACAUGACAGCGCAGCUAUGGAGACAAAUGUGAAGAUGAAGCUAGUCUAACUCUGUCUGACUUGGUGAAGAACUGGAAGAAAUAAAAUAGAACUUCAUAAAAA